CUUUGAAUAAAUAAAUAAUAAUAAAAUGCUCAUCGUCUGGCAUAAAAUACACGAAGAAAAGAAAAUAUCGAUUAUCAAAUGCUUACUGGUAUAUUUUAGAGAUAUCCAGACUGAUUUGUUCGUCAAAAGUUUAUAUAGGUACAUGAAUUAUCAUAUAGUAAUGAGUACAAACACACGACGAGACGUAUAAUUAGAUAUAAUAAUUUAACGAAAAAAAUAACAUACAUCAUAUUAUACAUAUAUACACGUUAACGAGUGUCCAUAACAAUAAUUAUUAUGUUGUGAAAAAAAAAAUAAGCCAAAAAACUGUUGAGUAUCAAAUUGGACGUCUGCAGACGACCGUAAAAUCAUAACAACAUAAUGAACCUAUAGGUACCUGCAGUAAAAAGUCACCCACACGAUGAUAAAAAAAACAACAGCAGCAGCGUCAGCUUAAAUCUUCGACGGGUAGGGCAUGGUGGCGCGAGUGUGCGUGCUCUAUCCAGACGAAUGGGAGCGUGACGGCACGCGGUGUACCUACCUACCUAUACUGAUGCAGUGGGCAUCGGAGUAAUUACGACGAAUAAAUAUCGUACACUCUUUUUAUAUUUUCUUUGCGUUCAUAUCGAACCCGGCAGAGGCUGACAGAUGUACUGUCUUCAAUAACAUUACAGAUCGUGUAAUCCGUAUAACACGCCAAUUGUGUAGUAUUUUAUUAAGAUCCACGUAUCGUACAGAUAAGCCACUAUACAUAAAGCUUUGGACGGGUCGGACGAUAGUGCGCGCUCGAUUUUCGUCGCUGUCCGGGCCAUGGAAGUACGCGUAUCAUACGCCGCCGUGGUGUUCACCUGUUGUUGUUGCAGCUGGCUGUCCAGCGUACGAGGCCACGCGAUCGACUUUAAAGUCAUGCCCAUGACCCUGCUGAACGCCACCAAUUUCAUUAUGCGGCACCAGAGGUAUUUGCUGCAAGACGACGAACGCGCGACUGACGCCACCACACGGGCAUCCGGUAACGAAGUGAACAUGAAUAUUGAUGAGAACGUAGACGGCAUUGUUAAUAGCCCUUUGGUUUUAACUACUGAAGUGUGCAACCCGAGAAAAUGUCAAGCCGGUAAAAUGGAAGGAGUGUGUAUUAGCGACGAAUCGUGUUUCAAACACGGUGGUCAGACCGGAAACCUUUGCAACGGAUCGAGUAAUCUGAUUUGUUGCACAUGUCAGUACCCGAACAUAGUAGCAGUAUACCAACGCACGAAGAUCGUUUCCACAUUAUUAAUUAAGUUUUAUAAAAUAUUUUUCUCGUUCUUUCGAAGUGUGGAUUAUGAAAAAGUGAAUCUUGCCAGCAAGAUAGGAGGAGUAUGUGACAUCGAUCAAGUUUACAUUUUGAAUUCCAACGACGGACCAACAACGGGUCAGUGUGGAGCAUUGACUGGUUACAGCACCGUCGUCGCUGUGAAACCGAACCAAGAAAAACCUUUGAAAAUAGCAAUGGUUGUGCAAAGUGAACCGACCGAAUAUUGGCUAAUCAAAGUCUCACAAAUAGGUUGCGCAGAAAUAAAACCGCUCAAAGAAUCACCGGAUUGUGGUCUAACGUCCGCCCGUCAAAUGAAUGACGACAACUUCAAUGAUCAGUCACGGCACCUGACGCCGUCGUUAGAAUCCGGACGUUGCGGUGGAAGUGGUGGCAGUGGUGACAGUGGUGGCAGGAGCAACAGUGGCGGGGACGAUGACGGCAACACUAUGAUUCAACGGCAGCGGCUCAUACGUCGCUCUGCGGCCCACGGCGGCGAGCACGACGUCUUGCAACCGUGGCGGAUGAGGCGGUCUGGAAGUCACUUAGGGUCAGCUAGAGAUCGACUGCACACCGUAAGGCGCGAAGAGUUCAGGGACGGCGAUAAUCGCAGGAUCAUCGGUAGCGACGAAGCGUACAUAGGCGAGCACACCUGGCAAGUGGCCAUCGCCCUGGAUGGGGUGUUCUUCUGUGGCGGAGCACUGAUCGCUGAUCGAUUCGUCAUCACCGCCGCCCACUGUGUCAUGACGCGCGACACGCCGAUGGACGACUUAAUGGUACACUUGGGUGACUACGACCUGACCUCGGACAACGAAACGGAACACCAGGCCCGGAAAGUGUCUCGCGUGCUGUUCCACUCUCAUUUCCAUCCGUUCCUGUUGGCUAACGAUAUAGCGCUGCUACAACUCGACCGGCCGGUCGCCGCGAGCGACACCGUCAGGCCCGUGUGCAUGCCGUCCGCCGACGGCGACUCGUAUGUGGGCCAAAAAGGCACGGUCUUGGGAUGGGGGAUCACUGCAUUCCCGACGGGCGACCCAAGUCCCACGCUGAAGAAACUCUCCGUGGAAGUCCUGUCAAACUUCCAGUGUUCCCGCGUCAUCGACGAUCACGUAGGUCUGGGCAUGCUGUGCGCCGCCGCGCCGUCGUUGCAAGGGACGUGCUUCGGCGACAGCGGAGGUCCCCUGACCGUGGAACGAGACUCGGGAAGAAACGUUUUGAUCGGCCUGGUGAGUUACGGAGUGACGGGCUGCGCGGUCAAACCGGCUUUCCCCGACCUGUACACCAGAAUAUCGGAAUACACCAAAUGGAUCGACGUCACCACCUCAUAGUAGUAACAAUAAUAAUAAUAAUAAUAAUAAUAAUAAUAAUAAUAAUAAUAGCAAUGACGAUAGUAAUAUUAAUGAUGAUAAUAAAUAUAAUAGCAAUAAUACGGUUGUCCAGCACACAAAUGUCACAAAUUUAUACAAAUUAUAUUAUACAUAACGAUAAAACGAUGGACGACGUCAUAAUAACAAUAUUAUUUCGGCGGACUUCGUCACAGUCCAAGAACACACUAUUUCACUAGUAAGUGUAGUAAGGUCUCUUACCUAUAAGUUUAUUAUUUUAUUUAUAAUAUCAUUGUUGUGACUUAUGAACUAUCUAUCAUAAGUAGGUUAGUGGACUAUAAUAAUAUUAUAUUAUAUUACCAGUCAUCGAGUCCGCCAUUUGCCCUAUAAUAAUUUGACGUAUUGUAUGAUUUAUUAUUUUUAUCCAGACGUGCACAUGUGCCGCCACGAUCUCGACGGCAUAAAAUAUAGGCAUACUAAAUGUUUAUUAACAUAUUAAUUAUUUCUGCAAAUUUACGAUUUCAAAAACAGACGUCGUUCGUUUAAAAACGCUUCGUAUCAAAUAUUAUCGUAUUAUGCUUACGUUUAAAUUAAAAUAUCGUAUAUUAUGUGCACGCCAACGUAUAACUGUGUAUCGAUCAUUUAUUUUCAAGUUUGUGUUAUAACAAUGUCUCACGGCCUCACGCAUUCGAAAACUGAUGAAAUUACAUUGUACACGUCCAAUGAGUGAACAUAAUAUUAACUGUAAAGUUUGACAGCUUGCAAUAUUUUUCGUAACCGUAAGUCUGUAAACAUUAUUAUUUUGGAGCUUUAACAAAACAACGUAUCGAACAUUCCAACAUAUAUUGCUACCUGCGCAUUAUUGUAUGUGUGUUGUAAAUGUUAUGAGUAAAAUCAAUACAUUUCCGUGUUCAUCUUUAUUUAUUGUUCAAUUAAUUAUCGAGUAGGUACCAGCUGGUACACCUACCUAUUUCAUUAAUUUACCUAAGAAUUGUAGACUUGAAUAUUUUAAAUGUUUGAAUAACCGCUUAAUUUGUUUAUUAUUUGUA